AUGGGGAAUGGGGAAUCUGUAGCUGGUGGUCAGACAGGAAUUCUUGCACAAGACACCUAUGUCUGGUACAGAGCAUUUAUGAUGGAAUAUCCAUCUGGCCUGCAAACACUGCAUGAAUUUAAGGCACUUUUGGGUCUGCAAGGUCUGAAUCAAAAGGCCAAUCAACAUGUUGAUCAAGUUUAUAACACCUUUGAUACCAACAAGGAUGGAUUUAUCGACUUCGUAGAGUUUAUUGCUGCUGUAAAUCUAGUGGUACAAGGAAAAAUCGAGCAAAAAUUAAAAUGGUAUUUUAAGCUGUGUGAUUCUGAUGGAAAUGGUUCUAUUGACAAAAAGGAACUGCUGAACAUCUUCGUGGCUGUACAAGCCCUCAAUGGCCAACAAACUCUGAGUCCUGAAGAAUUCGUCAACUUGGUGCUUCAUAAGAUAGAUAUAAACAAUGAUGGGGAACUGACCUUAGAAGAAUUCAUCAAUGGCAUGGAAAAAGAUCGGGAUCUCCUGGAGAUUGUUUCCAAGAGCUUUGACCUUUCCAAUGUGCUGACAGUAAUCUGUAAUGGGAAGCAGUCAGACGCUGGAGACAGACUCCUCCCAAUACCCUGA